AUGACUGCUGAUUCCAUACCAAAGACCCAAAAAGUUGUGUUAAUCGACGGUGUCGGUGACUAUGACGUUAUCAAAUACCAAGAUUCCGCCGUACCUUCAAUUGGUGAUAAUGAACUGCUUAUCAAGAACAAGUACGCGGGUAUCAACUUCAUCGAGGCUUAUUUCAGAAAGGGUAUUUACCCAGUUCAAUUGCCCCAGAUAUUAGGUAGAGAAGCUACUGGUGUUGUUGUUGCUAAAGGUCAAUCAGUCAAGAAUUUUGAUAUUGGUGAUAAAGUUGCCUAUAUGUCUUCCAGUACUUUUGCACAAUAUACCAAGUAUUCUAGUUCUGGUCUGAUCAGUAAAUUGCCAAGUGAGACUACGGAUGACCAGUUGAAAGUAUAUGCAGCAGCACUGAUUCAAGGUUUGACUGCUCUAACUUUCUUGGACGAAGCAUAUAAGGUCAAAGAGGGAGAUUAUAUCUUGCUAUAUGCAGCCGCAGGUGGUGUUGGUCUGCUAAUGGAUCAAUUGUUGAAGGAAAGAGGAGCACAUGCUAUAGCUGUAGUCUCUACAGAAGAAAAGGAAGAAUUGGCUAAAAAAUUUGGAGCUGAAUACGUCAUUAAUUCUUCAAAAGAAGAUAUUCUGAAAAGGGCACUAGAAAUCACAAACGAUAAAGGUGUUGAUGCUGUCUUUGAUUCAGUUGGGAAGGACACAUUCGACAUAAGUUUAAAUGCUUUGAAGUUAAAGGGAUCAUUCGUUUCUUUCGGUAAUGCAUCAGGCCCAGUUCCACCAUUCGCGCUCAGCCGUUUGUCUUCCAAGAAUAUUAGAUUGAUGAGACCCACUCUAUUUGGGUAUCUGGCUGAACCAGAAGACUGGGAUCACUACUCUAAAAAACUCUUUGAAUUAAUUGAUUCUGGAAAACUCAAGAUCGCAAUCACCAAGACAUACCCACUCAGUGAAUACAAGAUAGCUACACAGGAAUUGGAAAGCAGGAAAACUACGGGCAAAUUAGUUCUUGAAAUUCCUCAAUGA